UAUUUUCUUUAUAAUCUCCAGUUCCCCUCCAGUCCAAUGUGUGUCGGUAUAAGCGCAUGCGUAAAACCGUGCGUAAAGGCAAGUCAACAGACGAAAAUCACAUGACAGCGGUGUUUGUGCAGUGCCAAACUUUCAACAAUAAUCGCGCACGAAACUAGGUAGCCAUGAGACUUGUUAUUUUGGACGACUAUGACCUGGCUAGUGAGUGGGCUGCUAAGUAUAUCCGCAACAGAAUCAUCCAGUUUCAACCUUCUGCUGACAAAUACUUCACUUUAGGAUUACCCACAGGAAGCACUCCAUUUGGCUGUUACAAGAAGCUUAUCGAAUACUACAAAAAUGGCGAUAUUUCAUUUAAGUAUGUGAAAACCUUCAACAUGGAUGAAUAUGUAGGUCUACCUCGUGCACACCCAGAGAGCUACCAUUCUUACAUGUGGAACAACUUCUUCAAGCAUAUUGACAUUGAUCCUGCCAACGCCCACAUUCUGGAUGGGAACGUGGACGACUUAGAUACUGAAUGUCAAGCUUUUGAGAAGAAGAUUGCUGAGGCUGGUGGUAUUGAGUUAUUUGUCGGAGGUAUUGGUCCUGAUGGUCACAUAGCAUUCAAUGAGCCAGGGUCCAGUCUAGUGUCCAGAACUCGAGUGAAGACGCUUGCUAAGGAUACUAUUGUUGCAAACGCACGGUUCUUCGGCCAUGACCUCUCCAAGGUUCCUACCAUGGCUCUGACUGUGGGUGUUGGAACUGUCAUGGAUGCUAAAGAGGUGAUGAUUCUGAUUACAGGAGCACACAAAGCCUUUGCUCUGUAUAAAGCCAUUGAAGAAGGGGUCAAUCACAUGUGGACGGUGUCAGCUUUCCAACAGCACCCCCGCACCAUCUUUGUCUGUGAUGAGGAUGCCACCCUGGAGCUACGAGUUAAAACUGUCAAAUACUUUAAAGGUCUGAUGCACGUCCAUAACAAGCUGGUGGACCCUGUUCUUAGCAUUAAGGACCAGUAAUCUACAUUUCUACAAGUGAGCCCACAUCUUGUUACAACAUGCUGAGCAGCACUUUAUUCCUUCAGUACAUUAGGUCAUAAGCAAAGUCAGUUAUCUGUGAUCAUGAAUGAUUCUGAAAUUUCUCCACUCUAGUCUGUUACCAUGUUAUGUUUGUUGUAAAUGGGCAUUGUUUACUUUCGACAGGUUUUAUUGGGAAACGCUUGAGUAUUUGUUUCACAUUAGGAUUUUAGUGAUUUUGUUGAACACUCCUCAAGUCUUUUAGUGCUAUAAAAUACAUAUCUAUUUUAAUGCUGUGCCGUGAUUGCCUUUAGAAUUCUGAUUAAAACAUUGAAUGAAAACUGUAUUAAAGAGGUGCCAUCUUGUUGGUUAACGAGUUAAUUAAGCAUUCCAUUCUGUUGCGGACAUCUUCGUUGCUUUUGCACAUACUGUGAAUUUUUAAUACUUCCUUUCUUACAGGAAAUAAAUGUACACUUUGCUAUA